AUUUCAAAAUAACAUAAAAAUCACGUACGACAGAAUAAUAUUAUAUUUUUAACAUUUAAAAUUAAAAUAAUAAUUAUGAUUACAUCUAAAGCAGUUAAUACACUUUUGAUACAAUUUGAGCUAUAAACUUCAACAAAAGAAAAUUUUACAAUUUACAAACACAACAAAAUUAAAAUAUGGAAGUAUCAUCAAUAUCAGAUAGAGAAUUCUAUAAGAAAUGUGGUUGUGGAAAUAGAAAGGAUUUGGCAAAUUUUCGAAUUGUUCCGCCAUUUUCAUAUCAAUCAAUACAAAAAGCAACUAUUGUUUAUCCACCCCCGAAGAGCUAUCCAAAACGUAAAAAACCAACCCGAACAACAUUAUUUAGAUUUUAUUUUAAACGUGGAGACGUUCCAUUAUGCUCUUCAAUAUUAUUAUCAACAUCAAAAUAUCCAAAUGGAAAAAGACUUCCCGUUCAAUGGUUCUGUGAUCCAAAUAAAUUGGAUUAUUUCUACUACUUACCAAUUUUAAUGGAUGGACUAGGUGAAAGCGACAAAGAUUUAAGAGAAUUAGCUUUUAACGCUACAUAUGAUUUACUUUUGAGAAAUCCGAAAAAGAUUCUUGCAAUUAUACCACAAUUAAUAUUACCUCUAAAAAGAGCCUUAAACACUAAAGAUCCACCAAUUGUAGUUGGAGUAUUGAAAAUAAUACAAAAAAUGGUAUUAUUAGAUCCUUCUAUUGCACGAGCAUUGGUACCAUUUUUUAGAACACUUUUACCUGUUUGUAACUUAUUCAAAGAUGAUAAUGCCAAUAUUGGAAUUGAAGUUGACACACAACGUGAUAAUCGUCUCGGCGAUGUAAUUGAUGAUACCCUACAAAUUCUUGAACGUUCUGGUGGUCCUGAUGCCUAUAUUAAUAUUAAAUAUAUGGUACCAACAUAUGAAAGUUCAGUAGCAAAUUAAAUAACAAAAAAUAAAAAGAAAUUUUGAUUUUAAAGAUAUUACUAAAAUAUAUUAAAAUAUUUGUGGCAAAUAUAAACCUAUUUGCUUUUAUGCAAUUAUU